UAGUGGUUUGGGGGGGGGGGGGGAACCGCUAGCCCUUAGCUGCUAAGUAUACAAUGUAUCAAUUUGUGUGGGGUACAUUUUUUGUGAUUUUUAGAUAUAUUGGAAAAAUAGAAAUUAUCCCUUAGCUGAUUUGGUCAUUAUAUUGACUUGUGAUUAUAAAUCUUUGGACUUUGCCUGACAUAUUAAUAACACUCUAAAAAAUAAAGCGCCACGAAAAUCUCAGCAAUCGUGUUCAUUUCCUUUCCAAAAACUGGCUUUAGGAUCUCCAUUUCAGCUCCUGUCAACCCCGUAAAGUCAUUAAAUGGUUAGUUGCUAUACAGACAAAAUCUCCAGGGAAACGUCUCACACAUGAUUGUGACCUGGAAGGGAACGUUAAAUGUUUUCAUAAUUUUCCAUGGGGCAAGGGAACUCAGCCCACUUAACCAGAAGCCAGCUGCUGAUGGGCCACAAGCCCUCGAGGAACCCCAGAUCUACGGAAGAAGAAACACAGGCAUUCCGGUGGUGGCAGUUACCAACAGGACGGUUCUCCGGUAGGGGCGGGACGCCAGAGCUAAGGAAAGCGUCCUGAGUCACCAUGGAAACGGGGCCCAGAGGCUGUCCUAGCGGCAGGAAGGAAUCCCAGGAAAUCUGCUCCCCUGGAUUACUGGUGUUCACCGGCUGCUCUGAGCAGGAUGCCAAUUUGGCUAAGCAGUUUUGGCUCGGGGCGUCCAUGUACCCCACUACCGAAUCUCAGCUCGUGCUGACCCGAGGCAGCAGUCAGAGGCUACCGGUGGCGCGGAACUCUAAAGUCGUUCUGAGAGAGAAAAGUUCUGUCCAGCCCUUUCCCUUUGAUCAGGACAAGGAUGCAAUUAUCUUUGCUAAAGCCCAAAGGAUUCAGGAAUCUGAAGAGAGAGCAAAGUAUCUCCAAAAGGCCAAAACGCGAGAUGAGAUUCUCCAACUUUUAAGGAAACAAAGAGAAGAAAGGAUCUCGAAAGAACUGAUUUCAUUACCUUAUAAACCUAAGGACAAAGUGCCCAAAUCAAAGGAAGUUUUAUCAGAGUCAGGCCUAAGGGACCAAGAAGAAGUCAAAGCCUUGGAAUGAUUUGAUUGACAUAUGGUAUCGACUGACUGAUAUGUGUUCACCCUUACAGCAAGUUAUGCUUACAGCAGGAUCAGUAGGUUAAAGAUGUGCAGACUUCCGGGAAUUUGACAGUUACUGAACAUUCAUGUUAAAAUAGACUAAAAUAAAUUUUCAGAAUUCAGAC